AUGAAUGUGACUCUGGGUAGCUGUAUGGCAGAGAUGCAAUACAGAUUCCAACCCCUGCUUAAGGGGCUGUACAUCACCACCGAGCUCAUCAUUGCUGUGCUGGCCAUCAUUGGAAACUUCUUGGUUUGCUUGGCUAUCACUCGUAACAAGAAACUCCGGACUGUCACCAACUACUUCCUGGUAUCACUGGCAGUGUCGGACAUCCUGGUGGGCUUGGUGGCCAUUCCCUGUGCAAUGUUGACAGACCUGGGUCGCCCUCACCAUAACUUGCCCUUAUGUCUGGUGCUGCUCAGCAUGCUGAUGGCGCUAACGCAGAGCUCCAUCUUGAGCCUGUUAGCAGUAGCUGCAGAGCGCUACAUGGCCAUCCUUCUGCCCUUCCAGUACCAGCACGUGAUGAGCCCCAGGAAUGCUCAUUUGGCCCUGCUGGUCACCUGGGGCCUCGGAGCCAUUUCUGGCACAGUGCCGCUCAUGAAUUGGAACAGACAACCAGCACAUGCUGACUACUGCAUCUUCCCCUGCAUGGUGGACAUGAGCUACAUGGUCUACUUCAACUUCUUCUGCUGCCUCCUGGUACCACUGGCAGCCAUGUUCAUCAUCUAUGGUCACAUCUUUCUCACUGUUCGCCGACAGCUCAGAUGCAUAGCUGUGACCAGGGGAGCCACAGAGGGCUUGGGAAGUGAAAGAGGGAGCACUGGCAAUGGGACAGAGAACACUGGGAGUACAACUGCUGGGGGAAGCACAGGUGGUGAACCAGAUGGUGAGACAAGAAAAACUGGCAGACAUGCCAAGGAAAGUAAAGGAAAACGUCAGGCUGAAGUGAGGCCUGGGGAAGAAAUUGAGUCUGUCUCUGGGUCCAUUAUUGAAACUAAGAAUACCACUGUAGCUACAAAGCCAGGGUCCAAGAUCUCCUCAGCUGGAUGUACCAGCUGCAGCUCUGCCUCGGCUGACCACUGUCCAGGAGAGUCCAGUGUGGCCAAAUCCAACAUGCGCAAGGAGCUGGGGAAGGCCACCUUUCUCUUUCUGGUCCUGUUUCUCUUCAUGGUGUGCUGGAUGCCCAUCCACAUCAUUAACUGUGUCCUGCUUUUCUGCCCACGGUGCGAGGUGCCCAUGUCUCUCAUAGUUGCAGCCAUAUUGUUUUCCCAUGCCAACUCUGCCCUCAACCCGAUCCUGUACGCGUAUAGGAUGAGGUCAUUCCGACACACUUUGACAGGAAUGUGGAGAGGAAUGUGGAGUGUUAGGCCAAAACAUCAUUAG